AUGGGCUUUUGGACACUCUUCGGGGUGGCAUCAAUGCCAAUAGUGCAAGUCUUAAUAGUGAGUGUCAUAGGAGCUUUAAUGGCUACAGAUCACUUCAAUCUUCUUUCCAACGACACUCGUCGCUCCCUUAAUAAGAUUGUCUUUGUGGCUUUUACACCAUCUCUUGUUUUUGCAAGUCUUGCCGAAAGUGUCACCUUUCGAGACAUAAUCUCAUGGUGGUUUAUGCCUAUAAAUAUUGGAUUAACAUUUUUGUGUGGAGGAAUAUUGGGAUGGAUAGCAGUAAAACUAAUCAAACCAGCAGCACAUAUGGAGGGCCUAAUCAUUGCAAUGUGUUCAACUGGCAACUUGGGAAACAUCCUUUUAAUAAUCAUUCCGGCAAUCUGCACUCAAAGUGGAAGUCCUUUUGGAGAUGGUAACGUUUGUAAAGCUAAUGGGCUCUCAUAUACAUCAUUUUCUAUGGCAGCGGGUUGUUUCUAUAUAUGGACAUAUACAUACCAAUUAAUUAGAAACUCAGCUGUGAAGUACAAUGAAAUGAAAAAGUCGGAGGAUUUAUUGAUCAAGGAUAUAAACAAAGACUUCAAUGCAAAUGAAACAAGUCAUCUCUUAUUAAAUGAAGGUCAAGCGCACGUUGAUCCAGAAAAUCCAACUAUGGUGUACAAAGAUCUAGCCAACAAUGAGAGAAAAGAAGGGUCUUUCUCUAGACUGAUAGAAACUUUACAAAAUAUUUUGGAAGAGCUAUUAGCACCUCCAACAAUUGGUGCUAUUGCAGGAUUCAUUUUCGGUGCAGUUCCAUGGUUGAAAAAACUAUUGAUUGGUGAUGAGGCUCCAUUACGAGUGAUCGAGGACUCUAUCGCGUUACUUGGGGAUGGAACAAUACCUUGUAUCACACUUAUAUUAGGAGGAAAUUUGAUACAAGGUUUGAGAAAUGCAAACAUAAGAUAUGUUACCAUCAUCACAAUUACUGUGAUCCGAUACUUGAUUCUUCCUGUAAUUGCAAUUGGAGUUGUUAAAGGUGCUGGCGCUUUGGGAUUACUUCCAUCUGAUCCUCUUUUUAGUUUUGUGCUCAUGAUCCAGUUUGUUGUGCCACCUGCCAUGAAUAUCAGUACAAUGACACAAUUAUUCAAUGUUGCACAAGAGGAGUGUUCGGUGCUUACGAUGUGGACUUACGUUUUCGCAACAUUUGCACUUACUGGAUGGUCAACGGUCUUCAUGUGGAUCUUGACUUGAAACUUGAAAAAUCAUUUUUGGGCUUUGGUCGAUUCAAUUCAUAGGAUCUUAAAAUUUAUUUUGUAAUUUCUACAAAAUUUUGCUCAAUUAUUGGAUUCUUGUGCUUCCAAAAAUACGUUUCUAAUUCUUUGUUGGACUUAAAGAUCACUACCUCAACUCUUGAAGAUUCAAAGCAAAAAGAUCAUUUGUGUA